UGCAUGUUACAACAUUAAGUCGGAUGAUAGCCAGCCACCAUCAUCUGUCAAACAGCAGAAACAUGCGCGCGGUCACAUGACCGUCCGCCUCCCGUCCUGUCCCGACAACCCCGGGUGGCGUGCACAUCCUUCAUCAAGACCUGACUGGACUCCCUUUGAUGGCGCAGGCUGGCGUGCAUGCCACAGAGGAAAGGUGACCAAUGAUCCACCGCCACCUUGACGGAAUUUAUCAGCUCAACUUCACCUUGGAGGAGCAGCACGUAUGAAAGGCUGAUGGAUCACAUGCAGCAGAAACACACCACCGCCAACUCAUGUGGUCCCAAGGUGCAACCCCAACCCUGUGUACUACCCAAACCUGGUCCAGUUUUACCUCGAGGGCCACCUCUGAUUAGCCCAUCAGGGACUCUGCAGGACAAGCAGUCUGGACUCAACACUCUCACAAACCAAUCAGGCCGCAUCAAGUCCGGGUCGGGUAUAAGUCGACCGAGACCCACCUCUCUCGGAACUAAACCUGCUCCGAGGACUGUCAGAGUCCCAGCUUGUCCUGCCAAGGACAUAGAUUUGAUCCCAGUUUGCAUCUCAGGACCUCAGAAUGUCAUUUCUCAUUCCCCAUCCGAUUUCUCAGUCCCUCUUCAAAUUCCUCAGUCCUCUUCCUUGAGCCCGAAUUGCAGCCUCAGUCCUCAAGCCCCUGCCUUUACGACACGAGCGCAGACGGAAAAGACGAGUGGAGAUAACAAUGACUUCAGGGUCCACAUCGCCACAUGGAACGUGGGUUCGGCAGUGCCACCAGAUGACAUCAGCGCUCUGUUUGGAGAAAACGUGUCAGAUGGUAGUGUUGACAUGUUUGUCAUUGGACUUCAGGAGGUCAACUCCAUGAUCAACAAGCGGCUGAAGGAUGCUCUUUUUUCAGACCAGUGGAGCGAGCUUUGCAUGGACACACUCAGCCCCUUUGGAUAUGUCUUGGUGGCGUCCCAGCGAAUGCAAGGAGUCCUGCUGCUGGUCUUCUCAAAAUUCUGCCAUCUUCCAUUCCUCCGAGGCGUGCAGACACAGAGUACGCGUACAGGACUUGGGGGAUGUUGGGGUAAUAAAGGCGGCGUGAGUGCCAGAAUGGCGGUGUUCGGCCACCCAGUGUGCUUCCUCAACUGUCACCUGCCCGCUCACAUGAGGAACCUGGAGCAGAGGAUGGAGGACUUUGAGAGCAUCCUGCAGCAGCAGCAGUUUGAAGGAGGAGCUGCCACCGGGGUGCUGGAUCAUGAUGUUGUCUUUUGGUUUGGGGAUUUGAAUUUCCGAAUCGAAGACUAUGACAUCCAUGUGGUGAAAUGUGCAAUAGACAGCAAUAAGCUUCCUUUGCUGUGGGAAAGAGAUCAGCUCAACAUGGCUAAAAACACAGAAUCCAUCCUGGAAGGCUUCCUGGAGGGGCCGCUACAAUUCCCGCCCACGUAUAAGUUUGACGUGGGCACACACACCUAUGACACAAGUGCUAAAAAGAGGAAGCCCGCAUGGACCGACCGUAUCCUUUGGCGCCUCCGCCAAAAGGGCUCCCCAGUUCCUACCCACAAUGCAGCCCUGCAGAGGGGUCUGACCUCGUGGCUGGGUGGUGCCACCGAAGUUACACAGCACGCUUACAGGAGCCACAUGGCCUUCACCAUCAGUGAUCACAAGCCUGUGUCUGCGCUCUUCUCUUUGCACUUCCCCUUCAGGGUGGACAUGGCCCUGGUGGAGCUGCACGUAAACAAGGAAUGGAGUAAAGUCUCCGACGCCACAGUAAGAUUGACGUUGGCAUCCAAUUAUCAUCGCAGCUCAUGGGACUGGGUCGCAAUAUACAAGGCUGGAUUCAGACACCACAAAGACUACCAAGCUUAUGUGUGGACCAAGGGAGAGCACGCAGGGCAGGUGUGCUUUGCAGAAGAGGACUUGCCUAGAGAUGAUGGUGAAUACAUCCUAGGCUACUACAGCAACAACAUGAACAGCAUUGUUGGUUUGUCAUCGCACGUACAGAUCAAGAUUCCCAUCUACAGCCCGUCCGUCCACCGCUCAGACAGCACUGACGUCAGCUCAGAAGAUGACAGCACCUUGGUCCUCCUGGCUCCCAACUCCCGCAGCCCGAGCCCCAAAACCAGCAAGCAUCACUGCCGCCACCGUCGCAGCCGGAGCCCUGCGGUCCCGGCUCUCUCCUCCAACCCCCUCCCUUCCUUGCAGGGCCUCAGCCUAUGUCCCCGCUCCAAAGACACACGUAGCCUCUCACCCGGUUCCGCCUCUAAAAAGGAACGCCUGGUUUCUGCGGGCUCUGUCUCAUCUCCGGCCAUCAGCCCGCUCAGUCCCUGCAGCCCUGUGUCUCCGGGCAGCGGUGUUUCGGCACCGGAGGCCCUGAUUGCUGCAAUGUUGGGGGAGCAUAGGCCUGCUCAUGUCAGCCCUACGGGGGUCAAACACAUGGGACAUGGCGGGCAAAGCAACACUACAUAAAACAUAGAAAAUAGGAUGAGAAUGGUAGCGUGCAAACAUUCCACGUUGUAUCUUACACUGUGUUUAGGUGGGAGUCGCAUCUCAGUUACAAGUGCUUUUAUUGGCUCCAGUGCUCGAACAUGUAGAAACACACACCAUUGAUCAGUGGAGAUGGGUUGGAAACAUACAGACACUCCAAAUAUGGACUGACUGCUAAACAGUACGGAUGACAUCAGGUGAUUCAUAUCAGUUUAACAUGGUAAAGUACACCAUUGCAGCUUUGUGAAUAGACCCCCUGUGAGUGGCUAUCCAGGCUAAUGUGAUUGUUUCCUCGUUUGCUUUAAAGGUCCCAUAUUAUAGUAUGUUUCACCAAUUUUAAAUCAUUUAGAGAGGUGCCACAAUAGUGUAUUGGAAUUUGCCUAAAAUCUACCCUCGAUGUUGGAAUUGAGACAGUUUAAAAAUGCUUUUAGUAAGCCCAAAUGGGAACAUGGCGUUUUGUGUGUCUGUAGCUUUGAUGCUAAUGUUUGUCCACGCCUGUCUCCGACAGUGUGUGUUUCUAAGAAGCGCAGUUGUGUACCUCAUCCACAUUUGCAUUGUACUGCCGCACUUGUCCGACGUAAUAGAUGACAUACUCACAUGCAACAACGUAACAUUAAGGAGUGAGACAGGAGGACACGAACGUUAGCAACGCUAUCAUACCUAUGUGAACUACAGUGCUAGAAUUAUGCUCGCAUUUAAACAGCAACAUCAUGCUAGGUUAGCCUAUUAGGUGAAGAAAAACAAAAUGAUCGAUCUUACAGCUCUCACGUCUGUAGCUGUCUGAUGGACAGUUGACAGAGCGCCAGGCUUUAUUUUAAGAUGUGUGGCAAAGCCUGCAUUUUUGUUCAAGUGUUCAAGGCGGGCUCAUCUAGCUAGGGGCGGGUCAGAUGUCCAUAAGGAAGGACGUUUUUGAAAAUCAUGAAAAGCCACAACUUCAAAACGGGCGUUUGAGCGUCUCUUCUCACAAAAAUGCAGCCAACACGUGAGGGAGAUGAUUGAUUUUUCUCACAUUUGACGCUCAUAAACACAUAUUACUGCAAUAAUGUCAUUAAAAAUGAUGUUUUGGAUAAUGAGGGAGCUUUAAUUUUUUUUAAAAAGGGUUUUAUUUGUCUUUUCUAGCCUGUGUGAAUGUGGUAAUAAAGGCUAACACGAGUACUUCAAAAAAAUGCUCUACUGUGUUGCCCAAUGCGGCAUUACAUGAUUUGACUCACAUAGCAAAUUGCGUGGUCUAAAAAUCAGUACAUAGGUGUUGUAAAACGCAAGUCUAUAAUUUGAACCUUUGCUACGGUCACCAGAUGGAAAACAACUUGCUAUCACAUCUAUAAACUUAAGUGUCCACAUAAAGAAGAUCUACAGAAGAACAUGUGAGGCUUAUCUAGAAGUUUUUCAUCAAGAUUAAAUCACCAUAAGCCUUAGCGAGGCUUUCGAUUUUGCUCCGACACAAGGCAGAAGGAAAACAAAAGAAAAACCAUACUAAAAGUUUAAUAAGUAAACCACAAUUGUUUUAUUGACUGUCCUAGAUCUUUUACUUGUACUUUCGAUACAGUAUUUAUGUCAUCCAGCCUCAUUAAAAAAAAAUUCCAACAGAACAAUUCAUUUACCUUUAUAGUUAUUUAGCAUCUAUAAAACCCCCUCAUUGAAGUAUAAAUAUUAACCAGAAUAAAUACAGAUUAAUUAAUAACGCUGACUAAUAUGUAACUCCCAGACUUACGUGAUGCCCCCGAGUGGACGUGAGCAGCAUGGAUGAUGACAUCACAGCAAUGUCUGUCUUCCGAUUGGACGCUGUGUGAGUUCUAAGGUCUUACGGCCAUGCCACAACAUCAUUGCUGCCCUUACCAUGAUCUCUCUAUUGAUUUCCUUGCAGCAAAAGUUCACUUGGCAAAAGUUCCACUACAUUAUGUUGCUAGUUAACAAUUUCUAUUUUGCAGUCAACUAAUGUUUUUGUUUUUGUUCCACUAAACAUCAUAAAAUAUGCCCCCUCGGGGUAUGAGCGACAUAGACAAUGACAUCACAGCAUCGUCUGUCGUCUGAUUGGACGCUUUAUGCAAGCGCUGUGCUCUGCCAGCGGCAGCCAUAUUGUGUUCUGUGAUAAAGGUGGGUGAUACAGUCAUCCCUCGCAAUAUGGUGGUUCGAUUGUCCCUCACUAUGUUGCAUUUUUUUCAGAAAUUAAUAAAUACUAUGUGAUGUGUUACAUUGUAACUUGAAUGCAUGUUCAAAUAAAAUUAAACCAUUACCAUUUGCUGUUUUGCAGGAGA